CACACCCCUCAGGCAGCGCGCGCGGGGCCGCGCGUGCCCAGCGGAGCCCCCAGAGCCGCGGCAGGGACGGGACCGGAGCGACAGAAAGGCGAGGGGCGGCCCGCAGGUGUGCGGAGCAACCCCCACCGCCCGCGGAGCGGGCCGUGCCAAGCGCUUACAAGUCACGGAAUCCAUUCGGUGGGAAAAGACCACUGAGAUAAUUGAGUUCCAGCUUAAGACCGAACACCACCUAGUCAGACCGUGGCACUGAAUAGUAGUGACUCCACCACCUUCCUAGGCAUCCCGUUCCCAUCUUUAAUCGCCCUCUAUGUGAAGAAAUUCCUCCUAAUGUCCAACUAAAACCUCCCCUGGCAUAGUUUAGGACUAUGUCCUCUUGUCCUAUUACUGGUUGCCUGGGAAAAGGACGCGACCCCCACCUGGCUGCAGCCUCCUUUCAGGGAAUUGUCAAGAGAGCUGAACUACAUUCUGGUCUGAUGAACACCUCCAGGUUUUCAAGAGUGCUGCAAGAAGGAUCAGAAAAUGAACAUGAGGACUGUUGUUCACAAGCCCACAUACAUCUAAGUGCUAAUUCUCAAUAUGAACAGUGGAUUUCUCCUUUGAGGACCUCCUGCCCAGCUACAGUGAUGUGGUUGUUGGAAAAGAUCAGAGCAUCACAUGAAAAUGGAAACCUCCCCAGCUCUUCCUUCCUGGGACUUCCACAAGGCCAAAAUCUGCCAGAAAAAGCCCAACUGAGGGCUGCUGCUUUUCCAAAUGUGAUCACUCCUGACAGAAUCCCUAAAUUCUGUAUUCCCCCCAGGCUGACCAGCUCUGGCUCCAUUAAGGGCAGUGGCUUCCACCAGGAUCACAGUUCAGUGGGUGCAGCUCUUGCUUCUGAUUAUAGCUCCAGCUCUUGCCCACAUCUCAUUCAGGUGGAAAGUGUUGAAGAGGAGAUCUCUGCCCUGGAGGAAGAAAGCACCAAUGCAGACCCACAGUCCCAAGCAGCGCUCUCCCUGCCCCACUUUCCCAGAGCCCCCACUUCCUAUGGCUUCUGCACUUUGCUGGAGAGUCCCCACACCAGGAGGAAGGAGUCCAUCUUCCAUGGUGAUCCACGUGCUGCUCUGCCCAGCCUGAACAUGUCUCGAUCCAGAGCUAACACCUUCAGUGGCAAAGGGAGCAUGUCUAAUCCCAUUGCUAUCAGCUUUGCUUCUGUGAGACUGCCACCCAAGCAUCUCUCUCUGCACAGGCAAGGUGCCUGUGACAGUGACACUGCUUCUUCCAGUGAUUCCUCUCCAUUCAGUUCUCCACUUCUCAGCAGGUCACCUCCCAGACCAUGCUCCCUGAUCAAGGCACAAAGUCAGGAGGGAUUGCUCUGCAGAGCACUGAAAGACAAGAGCAAAUACAUUAUGCCCAGGAACAAUUCUCUCUCUACAGAGGAGAGCAGCUCCACUGAUAACAGCCCCAGUGCCAUCAGGAGGGCCUCUGAGGGGCUGCUUGGCAUACAGAGCUUUAGCACCUCCUGUUCUCCCAUCUUUCCAGUGGACCUGACCUGCAGUCGGGAGAGACUGGUGGGAGAGAGUACUGUGGUAAUGGACAAGGGAGGCGUGUUGAGGCUGUCAGCUGAAUACUGCUCAGAGAAUGAAAGGCUGCGGAUCCGCCUGAUCAGUGCAGAGGGUUUAUAUGAUGAUUCUGUAGAGCCCAAAACCAUAAACUGCUGUAUCUCCUUCUCCCUGGUGCCAGGGAAAACACAGAAGCAGAAAAGCACAAUUAUAAAGAGAAGCAGAAAUCCCAUCUUCAAUGAGGACUUCUUUUUUGAUGGCAUUGCGGAAGAAGAUGUGUACAGCCUCUCUGUCAGGAUGAAAGCAACAAAUAAAGGGUGCAGUAUGAAACGAGAUUAUAGCUUAGGAGAACGAGAAUUGUCUUUAAUGAGCAUGUUGUCAGUGUAGUGCUUCAAAUAUUCAAACAAAUUGUCUUCUGAAAGUUUUCUACUAAAUAAAGUUUUAGGUUGACUUCUA